UUUAAAGUUAUUUUAAAAGUACCCUUCAAUUCAAACGAAUAGUAAAAAAUACCAAUCAAUUCACCGCCCAAUAUCAGCCGUUAAGAAGGCCAAAAAAUGGAAUUAACUCAAGAUUCUCGGGGGAAAUAAGAAAAGGUAACUCUCUCGCUUAAUAGUUAACACCCACAAAAGAAUCGCAGUAGCUUUAACAAAAAUGACCAAAGAAUUUACUGUGCCGCCGGUGGUCUUUCCCUCCGGCGGUGGAGUCAACCCCACUGUUGGAAACAUAAACCAACGCCGAGUCCCAACGGCUCCGUUCCAACCCUCACGCCCUCCAUCCUCCUCCGCCAUGCCCUUCAUGUCCUUCGAUAUUGGUUCCGCUGCGUCAUCAACCGGAUCCUUCGGCGGCACAAUCUCCACGUCAGCAGCAUCCGGAUCCGCCUCAUUCGAAGACGAAGAGCCCCUCCUCGACGAACUGGGCAUCCACCCGGACCAAAUCUGGCACAAAACAAGAUCCAUUCUCAACCCCUUCCGUGUCAACCCGAUGAGCCAUAAAGACUCGGACCUAUCUGGCCCAAUUUUCCUCUACUUGUCCCUCUGCUUAUUCCAACUACUAGCUGGCAAGAUCCAAUUCGGCGUAAUCCUCGGCUGGAUCGUCGUCUCCUCGAUUUUCCUCUACAUCGUUUUCAACAUGUUAGCGGGGCGCAACGGCAACCUAGAUCUGCAUACGUGUACUAGCGUGGUUGGUUAUUGUAUGUUACCGGUGGUGAUCUUAUCAGCGGCAUCGCUUUUUAUUCCGCUGGGGAGCAGUGUCCCUAGGUACGCAAUGGCGGGGGUUUUUGUUGUGUGGGCCACUAGGGCUUGCACCAAUUUAAUGGUGGCGCUUGCUGAUGGAGGUGAAGAACAUCGUGGCCUUAUCGCGCAUUGGGCUGAAUAGCACAACUUCUAAUGGUUCCCUUCAGAACUCUUGUUCGGUUUCUAUCAUAGGCAUCUCUUGUUCAGUAUAUGCUCUGCACCAACGGGAUUACACCUGCAAGCUGCAACUUUACCUUUUUAACUGCAGUAUUACUAGAGGUGAGAUGUGUAAAUAUGUGAUUACUAUUUCAAUUUUCCCUCAAUCUUGCGGAACGAAAAUCCCUUCCCCCACCUCCCCCCUUUUUGAUAGGUGAUCUCGGUUUAUAUUCGGCAGUUUUGAGCAUCAACGGUUCCUAGAGUCUGUAGCAGUCAGUCAAAACUUCAUUAAGCACAAUUAUGGGGAUCAAGACAAAGGUUCAUGUCAUGGUAAGUGACGUCCUCGUUUAUAAAAACCUAGUUUAUCAUGAUAUAUAAACAAGUCACAACCCACUUUGAUGGAUUUUUUUUUUUUUUUUGAGCUGCUAAGUUUAUUUGUAUGGAUAUAGUAAAAAGAUGGUUUUUUUUUUCUUAUAAUUUUUUUUCAAGAAAUUCAACUUUCCAGUGUUACCUCUGAACUCCAAAACUUGUUUGUUUUUGGAGGCAACUAGUCAAUUCAAGAUUUUAUUGGAUCGGAGUCCAUGAUAUUUUUACACUGUAGUUUUUUACCUAUGCGGUGCCAAACUUGAUCCUUUUCAAAACUUUAUGUCCACAAAUGACAUAGAUGCUGCUAGGGGUCAUUGCAGUGUCACCUGGUCGGAUCUGUUUUGAUGGAGAAACUAUCAAAUAUCAAUUCCUUUUACUUGCAAUUGGACCCAUUCCCUUUGGGUCUUGCUCCUAACUUGGUGCCAAGCUAUGGCAAUCUCUUUUUAAUCUUUCCAUUUCCAAUUAGUUGAAAUCAUUUACAGAAAAAGCCUUUGCCUUGCCUGAAUAUCUUGCCAUGGUAUUGGUUUGUGUUUUAUUAUCAAGAAACAGGCAUGUUUCUCUUAAGAGUCUAAACCUUUUCAGAUGCAGCUUCCAAAUAGCUCUUUCCUUUUUUCUUUUUUUCAAUUCAAAAAAAAAAAAAGGUGCAAAUAUCUUAUGUUUGGGUGGGGGUAGCUAGGUCUACUUCUCGAUGACUCUUCAGUGAAAAGUUUACGUUGAGGAUUUGGUCUUAAUUAGAACUGAGUAUUAAUAUUACCAUUUCCUCUGAAGCUAACUAAUAUAUGUGUAUGUAGUUUUAGAGCUGUGGUUUCCUUUAAGAAAUGGCUACUCUCAGGUAACUAAUGUCUAAUGUACUUUUUUGUUACCUAUCAUCUAUUAGUUUGGGAUACGAUGAUGAGAUCAUACGAUUUGACUUUUCCGAACUUUCAAAUUCCACCAUUCUGUUUCAGCGUAGGAAUACCUAUCCUAUCAAUGGGGACAAAAUUCUCUUUGUUUUUUCACUGUCCGAGAGCGAGA